CUGGCGAUAUAUAAUAGGUCCAUUGCUUGCACCGAUCUAUUACUCACUGCACCAUAUGUUAAUCCAAAUAUUCAGGUAUAUCGUGAAAUAUUCUCUAGCGAGGACGAUGAUGGCAAUACUCCUCUCCAUGUUAUCAGUGAAUUGAAAUCUUCAUAUAUGCGUGAUGCUAUAUUAAGUCGCCUUCUUUCGUUUCGCAAUAUUUCUCAUACAAUCAUGAAUAACGAAGAACUUGUGCCACUUCAACUUGCGAUUAUGAAAGAUCAAGCUAGGAUCAUGCGAAUGACUCUACAAGUGGCGCCAUAUCUUUUGAAUUUUUACUCUGCCACCUUUGCAUCUUGCUGUUGCAUGUGGUAA